CAACCAUAAGGGUAAGGAGGAGGGAAUCGAAGAUCGAAAGUCAACGGACGACUUAAUUAACGAGGGCGCUCGAAUUUCAUAUUAGCUAGUGAGGGGGGAGGCGGGCAGCCAAGAUCUCUUAUUAUCGGAUGAUUUGUAUGUCGAGACAUCAUUACCCACCACGACGGUUCUGGGUUCAGCUGCAUACCGCAUAGCAUACCCUUGAAGUUCUCAUUUCAUUCAAAAGGGACCCUCAGGCUGAGAAAGGCAUGCGCGCGUGCCCACGACACCGGAGUUUGUGAGAGAAAAUCGGUCACGAAGCCGAGUAUCGUCGACAGUUUCAGUGGACAUGCCAGGGUCCCGACGCCUCUUCUCCGCCUUCGUCAAUCCUCAAACACUCUCCUGACCAGGUCUGCCCGCCAUGUCGAAGACGGAUGUCAGCGCCGACACUGGCACCGCCGAGCAUCACAAGCCCACCAUGUCGGAGCAGAAGAAGCCUUCCGUGUGGCAGCGCGUCCAGGCUGGCCUUCCUUUCCUCAAAACCAAGAAGCGCAUCAUCAUCGUCUUAGUCGUCCUGGUGGUAAUAAUCGGCGGCGGUCUUGCCGGAUUGGCUGCAUUACCUUCGAAGAAGACAGAGGGCAGCGUAGAUAGGGAGCCUAUGACGGAUGAUUCUUUCUUCUAUGGGCUUUCGCCGCCCGUGUACCCGUCACCCGAGAUGGAGGGUCUGGGGGCUUGGAGCGAUGCUUUCGAGAAAGCCAGGGACAUGGUUGGGGAGAUGACGCUAGAGGAAAAGGUGAGCUUGACCGGAGGCAUCCGCUCUUCGACCGGGUGUGCCGGGCUUCUUCCCCCGAUUAGACGGCUCCGUUUCCCCGGGAUGUGUCUCCACGAUGCCGGGCAAGGUCUCAGGAACACCGAUUUUGUCAAUGCCUAUCCGGCCGGUAUUCACGUGGGAGCUAGCUGGAACAAACCCCUGGCACGACGGAGGGCGAAGGCCAUGGGGUCCGAAUUCAGGACGAAGGGUGUCAACGUCUUGCUCGGACCCUCGAUCGGGCCCAUGGGCCGCGUGGUCAGCGGCGGUCGGAACUGGGAGAGCUUCUCGGUCGAUCCGUACCUAACCGGCGUCUUCGUACACGAGACGGUCAACGGGGUGCAGGAAGAAGGUGUUUUGACUAGUGUCAAGCAUUUCAUCGCGAACGAACAAGAAACCAAUCGUCUGCAGAAACUGCCCCGGGAAGCUGUCUCUUCGAAUGUUGAUGACAAGACCAUGCACGAGUUCUACCUCUGGCCAUUCCAGGACGCCGUCCAUGCCGGUAGCGCCAACAUCAUGUGUUCCUACCAGCGGAUUAACAACUCGUAUGGCUGCCAGAACAGCAAGACGAUGAACGGCCUCCUGAAAGACGAACUCGGUUUCCAGGGCUGGGUCGUCUCCGACUGGGACGCGCAGCACGCCGGCGUCGCCGCUGCCCUCGCCGGGAUGGACGUGGCCAUGCCCGUGCCACACGACUACUGGGGCGAUACUCUCGUCGAAGCCGUCAGGAACGGGUCCGUCCCCGAGAGCCGCGUCACCGACAUGGUCACGCGCGUCAUCGCGUCGUGGUAUCGCCUGAACCAAGACCACGAGGACUUCCCACCCCCUGGGGCGGGAAUGCCCAUGAACGUGCAGGAGCCCCACGCAAUCGUCGACGCCAGGAACACCUCCAGUCGCGGCGUGCUUCGCGAUGGGGCCGUUGAAGGCCACGUCCUGGUCAAAAACGCCAACGGCGCGCUCCCCCUCGGUAGACCGAGACUGCUCUCCCUAUUUGGAUACUCGGCCACGUCGGCGCGCGGGAUGAACUUCAUCGGCGGCGGAUUCGUCGACCCCCUGGCCUUCGGAGCGUACCCCGUGGGCUGGGAAGAGGUCGAAGCCGGCUUCACGAUGAAGGAGGACUACGACCAGGAUUGGUCGGCCAUCGGCCUCGGCGGCACCAUGAUCUCGGGCGGCGGGUCGGGCGCCCCUUCGCCGUCGACGCUGAUCUCUCCUUUCGAGGCGAUCAAGGCGCAGGCCGACGGGGACGGCACCGCGCUCCUGUGGGACUUUGAACGCGGCGAUCCGGGCGUCCACGCGGAAUCCGACGCCUGUCUCGUCUUCGGCAACGUCUGGGCGAGCGAAUCGUACGACCGACCGGCGCUCUACGACGACUACACCGACGGCCUGAUCCUAAACGUGGCGUCGCGCUGCAACAACACCAUGGUCGUGCUGCACAACGCCGGGCCGCGCCUCGUGGACCAGUGGAUCGAGCACAGCAACGUCACGGCCGUCCUCUUCGCGCACCUCCCGGGCCAGGACUCGGGCAACGCGCUCGUAUCGAUCCUCUACGGCGGCGCGAACCCGUCCGGCAAGCUCCCCUACACCGUGGCGCGGAACGAAUCCGACUACGCGCACCUGGCCGGGCCGGACGUCCUCCUCCCCGAUGACCGGGUGCACGCAAACUUCCCGCAGAGCAACUUCUCCGAGGGCGUGUACGUCGACUACCGGCACUUCGACAGGCAAGGCAUCGAGCCGCGCUUCGCCUUCGGCUUCGGGCUGAGCUACACAUCCUUCGCGUUCGGCAACCUCACGGUCCAGGCGAGCCGCAACGCGUCGACGACGGCGCCAUACCCGACCGGGCCCCUGGGCGAAGGCGGCCCGCAAGACCUGUGGGCCGUCCUGGCGCGGGUGUCGGCCGACGUGCGGAACACGGGGGCGGUGGCGGGGCAUGAGGUCGCGCAGCUGUACGUCGGGAUCCCGGGCGGGCCGGUUAGGCAGUUGCGUGGUUUCGACAAGCCGUUCGUCGAGGCGGGCGAGUCGGCUGCGGUCGAGUUCGAGCUGACGAGACGCGACCUCAGUGUGUGGGACGUUGGGGCGCAGAAGUGGCAUCUUCAGAACGGCACGUAUGGGGUCUGGGUCGGGUCGAGUAGUCGGGAUCUGCCACUGGAAGGCGAGUUUGCGAUCCAGAACUGAACGACUGUCAAAUGAGACCAGUGUCUGUCGUGACGAUUACUUUUUGUUAAUUUUAAUUUUAUUUUUUUGAGUUGCUCUGCUCAACAUAUAGGCUAAUCCGGACCGAAUAUGGGGUCCCACUGGGUGUCGCUGCUUUUACAUGACUCCUUU